ACAGAGCUCCAUUGAAAACUUGCAUAUAAACCUCAUCACCUUAGCUUCAAUUCUGCCAAACUUUUCACCUUAUCCAAAUCUCGAUCAUACUGUUUCGUUUCAUAAAAAACUUCAAAAGAGAAUUUCAUUUUUCUUCUUCAAACCGGUCGAUCGGGAAUUGAAGAAAUUGAUGAAGGGAGAAGAAAGCACGCAGAAGAAAAUGGGUUACAGAUGGUUUGAUAUAGUUCUUGCAAUGGCUUGGGCCUCUAGAUGGAGAAAAGCUUACAAGUGCAAGAGGGUGAUCAGGCGGCUUAAACAACGCAUUGAACUCCAGAAAAACCGAAUGAAUGCCAUUAUCAGGCAAGGCCGAUGCGAUGUUGCUCAGCUUCUGCAGAAUGGCCAGUUACAGCUUGCUUUAUCAAAGGUCGAGCAGCUUCAUAGUGACCAGUGCAGGCUGGCUGCAUAUAAUCAGCUUCUUCAGUUCUGUGACUGCAUCUUGACAAACCUAUCUGGCUUCAGCAUGCACAGUAAGUUUUCUGAUGAAGGCAGAGAAGCUGCAUCAAGUAUCAUAUAUGCUUCAGCUAGAUGCAGUGAGUUACCUGAGCUACAAUCACUCAGAGAUUUGUUCAAACAUCAUUUUGGGAAAUCGUUCGAGAGAACCAACGUUCAGCUGCUACCUGGGAACACAGUAAACUCUCAAACUAAGCACAACCUAACCAGGAAGCCGGCAAUGGAAGAUAUCAAGCUCCAACUAACAGAUGAAAUAGCUAAUGAGUAUUCAAUUACUUUGGGACCUCAACUUAAGUUACUUGCACGCAAAAAUUACAUUGCAUCAUGUGAGCUGAAGAAAAAGGAUGAAGAACCUGAGGGGGGCUUGAGCAAGAAUGAGAGGAAACACAAAAGUUAUUCAAGGACUUUGAAGCUGCAGGGUAUUCUGCAAAAGAUUAGAUCAAACACUACUUUGACAAGUUCUAAAAGUGCAGCUGAGAAAGAUUUUUACCCAUCCUCUAGGGGGAACAACAAUAUAGAUCCAUUAUCAAUCAAGAUUAGUUCAAAUAAUGCUUCGGUUUCCAUUCAAGGGAAGGGAAUUGUACCUGAUGAAAGGGCAGAAGUAGUGCAUCACGUGGAAGAUCCAUGUAGCUGCUCUGGACAGCAUUCGAGCUCUAAGCGUUACCCUGACAAAAUAAUAGAUCAAAGACACAGUCAUAUGUUCAAUAAGGAUGAUAGUUAUGCUCGCGAAGAGAGAAAUGAAGAGGUUCAAGAUUCUCAUAUAAUUGAUGAAGAUCAGAAGAAUCGUGUCGUCACUCAUGUCCAUCCUAAGCUUCCAGACUACGAUCGUUUAGCUGCCAGAUUUGAGGAUCUCAAAAGGCAGAAUGCAAAAGAUCAACAACCACUUACUAAGUGGAUGAGGUGAUAGCUAGAAUAGAACUCUCAACUAAAGCAGUCUUUAGUCUUUACUUUGUUCAGUUUCUUGUUCCUCUCAACACAGACAAGAAAGAAAUUCUUUUAUUAGUCAAUAAUAAUAAUACUUCAAAAUAAAAGAUUGUAAUUAUGUCUGGAACAUUUAUUCAGAAAUUCAUGGAAUUACAUUAACAGUA